UUAUUCCUCGCGGAAAGCAAUCACACCACGUUGCCCCAGACCCACCUCCGACCGAACGGUAACCAGCUACACACAUCGUCGGUGAGACCUACGCGCUUUGGGUCUUUCGGCGUUGCCGAACUAUGCCGCCGAUGUUACGCUCGUUCGGCGCUUUCGUUCUCCUCGCGGCGUCGCUGUCGUCGAUGGUGACGGAGGCGCGGAAUACGUCAUCGGUCACUCCCAACCUCGCGCUCCUGCAGUCGCAGAAUGUCUGGAGCUUGGAUGACCGACCAAAAGACUGUCCUCCGUGCUUCAACUGCCUCCUACCGGCCUUCCACUGCACGCAGUUCGCGAAAUGCAGCUCGCACAGCGGAAAGUGCGAGUGUCCUCCAGGAUUCGCUGGCGAUGACUGUUUACAACCACUGUGUGGAUCGUUAGCCGCUGGAACUCACCGACCACCGAAGGGUGACGGGCCGUGCGAAUGCGAUGAAGGAUGGGAGGGGAUAAACUGCAACGUCUGCAAGACAGACGAUGCCUGCAAUGCGCUCAUGCCGCAGGGAGUGGACGGUGUAUGCUACAAACAGGGAAUUACCGUCAAGGAGAACUUCCAGCAGUGUGAUGUGACGAAUCGUAAGAUUCUCGAGAUGUUGAAGAAGAAGCCUCAAGUCACGUUUGCUUGCAACAAGGAGGACGCAAAGUGCACUUUCGAAUUCUGGGUCGACCAACGCGAAUCGUUCUAUUGCGACCUCACAGAGUGCGACUGGAAACUUGACACUCAGCACGACAAGAAUGUCACCGACUACGAGUGCAAGAAAGUUGAAUGCGAGUGUGUCCCUGGCCGGACUCUGUGCGGUGAAGGCGGCACCAUCGAUUUGAGCGAAUUCCUCAAGGAAGGGAUUACCGGACCAGCUUCCUUCCAAUGCGAUUCCUCAAAGACCAAUGACCAAUGCAUUUUCUCGGAGGCCAACAUGAACCAGGUCAUCACUGAUAUCUUUGGUGACCCGACUAUUCUCCUCAACUGCGACUCCGGCGAGUGUUUGCACAAAUCCGAAGUUCCCGGCUACACGCGUCCCAUCAAGACCAUCAACAAGCCCUUGAUUGCUGGAGUUAUUGCUGGAUGCGCGCUUUUCAUCGUCAUAGUGGUUUUGGGACUAUGGUGGGCGAGCAGACGCGCGAACCAGAAACGAGGACUGGGUGCCAUUCACCUUUCGGAUGACGACGACGAAGCGCUCGGAAUCCUGACUGGACAUAAGCCCGCGGCUUUGCACUUCUGCGACGUUUCUUACCAGCUCAACGGGAAGCAGAUCCUCGAGGGUGUUAGAGGCGCAGUCAGUCCUGGAGAGGUCAUGGCUAUCAUGGGUCCCUCGGGCGCUGGAAAGACAACUUUCUUGGAUAUUCUGGCUAGAAAGAACAAGCGAGGACAGGUCAACGGAAAGUUCAUGGUCAAUGGUGCUAGGGUUACCGAUGAGGACUACAAGGAGAUCAGUGGUUUCGUCGAUCAGGAAGAUACUAUGAUGGCGACACUCACCGUUUACGAAACCGUUCUGAACUCUGCACUCCUCAGGCUUCCCCGGGAUAUGAACUUUCAGGCCAAAGACAGACGGGUUGUGGAAGUUAUGACGCAACUUGGAAUUAACGGUAUCAAGGAUCAGCUCAUUGGUACUUCUGAAGACAAUGGCAUCCGUGGCAUCUCCGGAGGUGAGAAGCGGAGAGUCAGCAUUGCUUGCGAACUCGUAACUAGUCCCAGCAUCUUGUUCCUCGAUGAGCCCACCAGCGGAUUGGAUUCGUUCAACGCCUACAAUGUCGUCGAAUGCUUGGUCAAAUUGGCAAAAAACUACCGCCGCACGGUCAUCUUCACCAUUCAUCAGCCUAAGAGCAACAUUGUGGCUCUGUUUGACCAGCUUGUUCUCUUGGCUAAAGGAAGGUGCAUUUACUCGGGUCCAUUCGAUAGAUGUCAGACGUACUUUGACAAGCAGGGUUAUCCGUGCCCUCCUGGAUUCAACAUUGCGGAUUAUCUAGUCGAUCUCACUGUCCAUGCCGACCAGCGCCGGGCUUUCCCGGAAGACGACAACGCCGUUCCUGAAGUUGAGAGCUCAUCGUCAGCCACACCGAAAAACAACGGACAAAGACCUCGUCCCCGCAAGAGAGGAUCCUCCAUUCGGGAGGAGCAGGCUCAGAAAUUGUUCACCAAGAAACGGUCCAACCACAGCCUCGGCCCGGGUCUCAGCGAGGAUGGCGUAAUGAUGUCUGAUGACCUAGAGCCACGCCGGAGUAUCGAUGACACUGCCGAAACUGAUGCUUUAUUGCCGCCUUCUGUCAGGGAGGACAUGACUGAUCUCGACGUGUUGAUCAAUGCCUACAAGACCUCUGACGUUGCAAAGGAGAUUCAAGAGGAGAUCGACACUGCCAACACUCCUAGUCCUAAUGGCAAUGCCAACGGCAACGGCCAAGGACUCGGAGGAGAAGGAAAAGGCUUUAGGCGGGUUGGUUGGAUUGGACAGUUCAUGAUUCUCUCCGCGAGAACAUGGAAGAAUCUAUACCGCAACCCGAUGCUGAUGCUCGCCCACUACGCCGUCUCCAUUGUGCUUGCGUGCCUCUGUGGUUAUCUCUUCUUCGGUGUCAGGGACGACAUUUCUGGUUUCCAGAAUCGGCUGGGACUCUUCUUCUUCGUCCUUGCUCUGUUCGGCUUCUCGACCCUCACCUCUCUCAACGUCUUCGCAGCGGAACGAACCCUCUUCCUCAGAGAGCGCGCUAACGGUUAUUACUCGCCCAUCACAUACUUCUCGGCCAAGGUUCUAUUCGAUAUAGUCCCGCUGCGGAUCAUCCCCCCGGUCAUCAUGGCAAUGAUACUGUACCCGAUGGUCGGUCUCGUCGCGCAGUGGCCCGAGUUCUUCAAAUUCUUGCUGGUGCUAGUCCUAUUCAACCUCGCCGCAAGUGCCAUCUGUCUCUUCAUUGGAAUUGUCUGCAAAGACAACAGUCUGGGGAACCUCAUCGGAUCGCUGGUUAUGCUGUUCUCGUUGCUGUUUGCCGGUCUGUUGUUAAACCAUCACUCGAUUCCCAAGGGCGCACUAUGGCUGCAGAAUUUGUCGAUUUUCCACUAUGCAUUUGAGGCGAUGAUUGUCAACGAGGUGCGGUAUCUGACUUUGAUUGAGCACAAGUUCGGACUGGACAUUGAAGUCCCUGGCGCCACAAUCCUUAGCACGUUCGGCUUCGACAGUCUGGCGUACUGGAACGACGUCACGGGCCUGGGGAUAUUCGCCGCGAGUUUUGUGGUGCUGGCGUAUCUGGCUAUGCACGUGCUUUUGGUUGAGAAGCGGUAGACGUAUGUGGAAAUGCGAGGCGAGGAGAGGUGAUGAUGGAAGGCAGUGGUACCCGAGUAGACGAUUGAUGGGAUUAUGAUUUUUUCUCUGUGCAUAUUCGGACAAGUAAUCUUGGUCUUGAUGCAAAUGAACGGGAUGUGUAUGGAAUGGGGAGUUGCGAUGUAUUUGGGAUCUAACUGUGGGUCGCCCUGGGGGUAUUGAAUGCCUUUUUCUUUUUUCUUUUUUCUGCUUUGCUUUGCUUUGAUUGUAUGGUACGGUACUGCGUAUGUAUCUUAUGAAGAAGAUUGUUUAUGGGGGUUGAGAAAGAUUAAUUCAUUCCGCACACAGCCUUCCUAAACUAUAGUAUGACGAACGUUUAUGGAGGUUUUUUUUGUUUAAUCAUCACUGCAUUCGACCUUGUUAGAGUACCUAGAUAAUGGCAG